GCGGCGGCGCUUGACGGCCCUGUCAGGCUCUGAGGCAGCAUGGCCGGCAGCAGCCUGGUCCUCCCCAUGGUGCUAUGGGGUCACCAGGCCCCUUCCCAUUGCAUCUCCUGCCUGCUCCUGCUGCCCCCAGGCCCCAGUGUGCUCAGUGGAUGCCAGGAUGGACAGCUCUGCCUAUGGGAUCUGGCACCAGGACCGCAGAUCCAACCCAGGGCUCUGCUCUUUGGCCAUUCAUCCUCCAUCACUUGCUUGGCCAAGGCCUCGGCCUCCCAGGACCUGCAGUAUGUGGUCAGCGCCUCGGAGAGCGGGGAAAUGUGUUUAUGGGAUGUCGACGACGGCCGCUGCAUUGAGUUCACCAAGCUAGCCUGCACCCACACAGGGAUCCAGUUCUAUCCCAUUCCCGGCGGAUCCCAAGGGAGGCUCCUUUGCCAUGGCCAUUAUCCCGAAAUCCUGGUCCUGGAUGCAGCCAGCUUGGAAGUGCUGUAUUCCCUAGUAUCCAAGAUCGCUCCCGAUUGGAUCAGCGCCAUGACCAUCCUCCCAUCCCAACGGACACAAGGGGAUACAGUGGUGGCUGUAUCCGUGACUGGUAUCCUGAAGGUCUGGAUUAUGGGAUCGGAAGAGGGACGGAUGCAGGACGCCGGCGAAGAGGAAUCCAAGCCCAUCCAUUGCCAGCAAUGCCGGAGCAUCUCCCUGUGUCCCAGUGCUCCCCAUUCCCUACUGGUCGUGUGCUCCCAGUACUGGCGGGUGCUGGAUGCUGGGGAUUACUCCGUGCUCUGCUCUGUAUCCAGUGGGAAGCAGGUAUGGAGCGGAGGGGAAUUCCUGGAUCCGGAUACAGUCAUUGUAUGGAAUGAGGAUGGGAAUUGCUUCAUCUACAAACUUCCGGCCAGCUGCCUCCCUGCCAGCGCAUCCUUCCGGAUUGACGUCGGGAAAGCCAUGGAAAACCUCAUCCCUCCCACCUUGAUCCACGUGGUCCAGAGAGCCGAGCACGAGCUCCUCAUCUGCCCUCCGGUCACCGGCUUCUUCUCCGGCCUUCUGGAAUCCCAUCCCAACCUCUUGAUCCAAGGCAAUUCCUCGGGAAGACUUUCCCUAUGGAGCAUCCCGGAAAACCUGGACCAACAUGAAGGUAUCCCGCUGGUUGCAUCCCUAUCCCUCCAGGAAGCCUUUGAUUCCCUAAGCCCUCAUCCCGCCGGGAUCAUCGACCAGCUCAGCUGUAUCCCGGCAUUCCCGGAUCCGCUCCGGGUCACUUCCAGUGUCUAUAUCCCGAUCCAUGGAAGUCUGGUGUGUGGUCGGGAAGACGGGAGCAUCGUCAUUGUGCCGGCGACCCAGACGGCUAUGGUGCAGCUGUUGCAAGGGGAACAUGCACUAAGGAGAGGCUGGCCCCCGCACCGCACCCUGCGCGCCCACCGCCACCGCAUCACCUGCCUGCUCUACCCGCACCAGGUGUCCCAGCGCUUCCAUCCCAGCUUCCUGCUUUCCGGAAGUCGGGAUUCCAGUGUUAUCCUAUGGGAUUGGAUCUCGGGAGAGAGGAAGCAGCAGUUCCGGGUGCACGGGGGGGAGGUCAGGCAGCUGCUGGUGCCGCCGGAGACCUGCAGUCCCCGUGUCCAGCAGUGCAUCUGCUCCGUGGCCAGUGACCACUCGGUGGCGCUGCUGAGCCUAAGGGAGCGCAAGUGCAUCCUCUUGGCCUCCAGGCAUCUCUUCCCUGUCCAAGCCAUCAAGUGGCGUCCGGCCGAUGACUUCCUGGUGGUUGGAUGUGAGGAUGGAUCCGUCUAUGUGUGGCAGAUGGAUACGGGCGCCCUGGACCGCUGCGUGAUGGGCCUGACAGCAGUGGAGAUCCUCAAUGCCUGCGAUGAGGCUGUACCUGCAUCCAUGGAUGCCCUGAGCCAUCCUGCUGUUAACCUCAAGCAGGCCAUGACCCGCAGGAGCCUGGCUGCCCUCAAGAACGUGGCCCAUCAGAAGCUGCAGACACUGGCCACCAACCUGCUGGCCCCCGAGGCGGCGGAUAAGUCCCACCUCCCCAAAUCCCCCCCCAAUUCCCUCUCCAUCCAAUCCCUUAAAGCCAACAGCUCCGACCCCGACAUCCACGUCCUCUUCUUCGACGUCGAGGCCUUGAUCCUACAACUCCUAAGCGACGAAGCUUCCCGAUCCCGGAAUCCCAGCUCAUCCCAAGACCCCAUCCCAAAAGCUUCCGGGAUCCUGGAUAAAGGCCCUUCCUUCCUAGCCGCCAAUAGGGCGGCCGUCCUAUUCCAGCAGGUCAAGGAGAGCAUCAAGGAGAACCUAAAGGAACACCUAUUGGAUGAGGAUGAGGAUGAGGAUGGAUCCGUCCGCAGCCGCGAUCCCAAAUCCAAGCCUCUGGAAUCCCAUAUCCCUAUGGAUACAGCCAGGUUGUUCCUCUCCUGCCUCCACGCUUGGGGUCUGGAUCCCAACCUGGAUAGGCUCUGCUUGGAGCGGUUGGGAAUGCUCCGACCCCAUUGCGCUGUCUCCUUCGGGCUCCUAUCCCGCGGGGCCCAUAUGUCCCUAAUGCUACCGGGAUACGCUCGGAAUUCCAUAGGGAAUACCGCAUGGAAGACAUCGGGAACCUAUGGGAUAUCCCGAGCGGUCACCACCCAGCAUCUCCUCUCCAUCAUCUCCUUGGCCAAUACCCUAAUGGGCAUGAGCGAGGCCACGUUCCUUAUGGGACAGCGAGGAGGCUCCAGGUCAUCCCAAGCGGAAUGCUGGCGUUCCAAGGCUCCCCCUGCAUCCCAAGGGAAUGUGGCUGCUCCAUCGGAUGCUGCUCCUGCUCCUUCCCAUCCCUCUUUCCUGGUCAAUGAAGGCUGGAGCCAACUGGCCGCCCUACACUGUGUGAUGCUUCCCGACCUCCUGGAUCCCAUCACAUUCCGACCCCCCCUCUUGGAGAUGCUGGCUCGUCGGUGGCAGGAUCGAUGCUUGGAGGUUCGGGAAGCAGCUCAAGCUUUGCUAUUGGCUGAACUGAGACGUAUGGAGCAGGAUGGGAGGAAGGAAACCAUUGAUGCUUGGGCCCCUUAUCUACCCCAAUACAUGGACACGGUCAUAUCCCCGGGAGUGACCCCGGAAUCCAUCCCAAUGGGAAGCACCAGCCCUGAUCCUAUAGGAUCAGAAGCCAGGAUCCAAGAGGAAGAGCAGGAGCUGGUGGAUGAUGACAUUCCAGCAGGUCUCCUCUCCCAUCCCAAAUCCUAUGAGGAAAGGAGGAAACAAGCCACGGCCAUAGUCCUAUUGGGAGUCAUUGGGGCCGAGUUUGGGGCCGAGCUGGAGCCUCCCAAGCUCCAUUCCCGAUCCCGGAAUUCCAGCCAGAUUCCCGAAGGAUUUGGCUUGACCGGAUCUGGGGCCAACUAUUCCCUAGCCAGGCACACGUGCAAAGCCCUGACCUUCCUGCUCCUCCAGCCGCCCAGCGCCCGGCUCCCGGCGCACAGCACCAUCCGUCGCACGGCCAUCGACCUCAUAGGCCGCGGCUUCACCGUCUGGGAGCCCCACAUGGACGUGUCGGCCGUGCUGCUGGGGCUGCUGGAGCUCUGCGCCGAGGCCGACAGGCACCUGGGGAGCAUCGUCCCAGGCCUCCCCCUGAGCCCCGCGGCCGACUCAGCUCGCUCAGCACGCCACGCUCUGGCCCUCAUCGCCACCGCCCGGCCUCCAGCCUUCAUCACCACCAUUGCCAAGGAGGUCCACAGGCACACGGCCCUGGCGGCCAACGCGCAGUCCCAACAGAGCAUCCACACCUCCAGCCUGGCCAGAGCCAAGGGGGAGAUCCUCAGGGUGCUGGAGAUCCUCAUUGAGAAGAUGCCCACGGAUGUGGUGGAGCUGCUGGUGGAGGUGAUGGACAUCAUCAUGUAUUGCCUUGAGGGAUCCUUAGUCAAGAAGAAAGGACUCCAGGAAUGCUUCCCAGCCAUCUGCAGGUUCUAUAUGGUGAGCUACUAUGAGCGGAGCCAUAGGAUAGCAGUGGGAGCUCGCCAUGGAUCCGUGGCCCUAUAUGAUAUCCGCACUGGGAAGUGCCAGACUAUCCAUGGCCAUAAAGGGCCUAUAACUGCAGUGGCUUUUGCUCCCGAUGGAAGGUACCUGGCUACCUAUUCCAACACGGAUAGUCACCUCUGCUUCUGGCAGAUGAACACAUCCCUAUUGGGCAGCAUUGGAAUGCUGAACUCAGCCCCCCAGCUCCGCUGCGUCAAGACAUUCCAGGUGCCCCCAGUGCAUCCCGGUUCUCCCGGAUCCCAGAAUUCCCUACGGCUGGCACGGCUCAUCUGGACUUCCAAUAGGAAUGUCAUCCUCAUGGCGCAUGAUGGGAAAGAGCAUCGGUUCAUGGUGUAGGGGU